CGUCAUGACCCAGUAGUCACGUGAUUUCCAGAAGGGGUGUACACAGAAAAAUCUUCGAACGACUAAGCAGAUAAAAACAACAAUUCCUAAAGUUAUAACUUUACAGAUGACCUAAAAACCUACCAGGUGUGUUCAACAAACAGACACCAUGUCGGGAGUGGAGACCACUGUGAUCAGCGUACAGGGCAUGACUUGCAACUCCUGUGUACAGAACAUACAGGGAUAUGUCGGCAAGCAAGAUGGAGUCAUCAACAUCAAGGUUUCCCUUGCUGACAACAAUGCUACCAUCCAAUAUGACCCAACAAAGACCUCUCCGUCUAAACUUUGCGAUGUCAUCGAUGACAUGGGAUUCGAAGCCUCCCUGCCUCGCAGCACUUCUGAAACAGUCUUCGGAAUCGAGGGCAUGACCUGCAACUCCUGCGUACAAACCAUCGAGGGCAUGAUCUCUAAAAUGGAUGGUGUCGAGUCCAUCCAGGUUUCCCUGGCCCAGAAGCAGGGGAGGGUGAUGUACGAUCCCAGUAAGACCAACCCAGCGGCAAUACGAGAAGCGGUUGACGAUAUGGGUUUUGAUGCCUUCGUGCUAGACCGGGCCCAAGGGGAGCAAAAGGUCAAGAUCAAGGUUGAAGGCAUGACGUGUAACUCAUGUGUGGAGAGCAUUGAGAAGGUCAUGUCUUCAGUAGAGGGGGUGAAGACGAUCAAAGUAUCCCUGGAGAAUAAGGAGGCUGUGAUAGACUUCGAUCCACAGCAGACGGAUCCUGACGUGUUGGCGGAGGGUAUCGACAAUAUGGGCUUUGACGCUUCGCUGGAAAACGAGCAGAUGUCACCACAAAAAACGUCCACCACUAUACAACCACCACGGGGCAAACAAUCUACUAGCUUUACAGCAGUGAACAUGAACUCUGACCCGUGGGUGAGGAUGGAACAGGACAGUCAAAGCUUACAGCCAGCGACACUUUCCACGGCGUCUACCGUUACAAUCGGAGUGGAGGGCAUGCACUGCAAGUCGUGCGUGCGUAAGAUCGAGGAUGCCAUGGCCACCCACGCAGGUCUACACUCCAUAAAGGUUUCUCUGGAGAACAAGAAUGCUGCGGUGAGCUACGACGCCAGCCAGACCACUCCCGAAAGCCUCGCGAGCAGCAUAGCAUCUGAGGGUUUCACAUGCUUUCUCCCGGGGUCUUCUCAGCCAAUCACAAAGCAAACACAGCCUCCGUCCAGCGAACAGACCGUCGUUAUUGGUAUCCAGGGGAUGACUUGUAACUCCUGCGUACAGAACAUAGAGGGCAGGAUGGCCAGCUUUAGAGGAGUCAAGUCCAUCAGAGUGUCCUUGGGAAAUGCCAAUGGCACUAUCGUGUAUGAACCCUUGAAAGUGAGUGCUGAAGAGCUGAGGGAAGCCAUAGAUGACAUGGGGUUUGAAGCAUCUCUUCCAGGCCAGUCAGCUCCAACCCCACUGGCAAAGCCUGGUGCCAGUUCCAACCAGAAAGACUUCACGGUGCACUUCAGGAAAGGAGCCGUGGUGAAAACAGAGCUGGGUCUGGAGGAGGUGGAGCUGGGAACGGCAGAAGAACCCACUGGAACAGCUGAUCAGAUGGACAAGUGUUUUGUCGAGGUGACAGGGAUGACAUGUGCCUCAUGUGUCUCCACCAUCGAGAGGAAUUUGGGAAAGGAAACAGGGGUAAAAUCCGUGCUUGUGUCGUUGAUGGCGGGAAAGGCGGAGGUGAAGUACGACCCUUGCUACAUGACGCCCAGCGAGAUCGCCAAGAAAAUUGCUGACCUUGGAUUUGGCGCUACCAUCAUCGAGUCUCAAGGGAUUGGAGAAGGCCGAGUGCAGCUUGCAAUUACAGGCAUGACCUGCUCCUCCUGUGUCCACACCAUCGAGUCCAACAUGAAGAGAAAACCAGGGAUUCUGGAGGUUUCUGUUGCCUUGGCAACAGAGAGAGGCCAGUUUGUGUUUGACCCAGAGGUCACCGGACCAAGGCAUAUCAUAGAAAUGAUCAAGGAGAUGGGUUUUGAUGCCAGUCUGACAACAGAAGAGAAAAAGGGAAGCUUGGACCACAAGGCAUCCAUUCAGAAGUGGCGUACAGCAUUUCUGUUUUCCUUCAUCUUUGGCCUGCCUGUGAUGAUCAUCAUGAUCUACUACAUGGCCACUGGGCACAGCCGGAAGCCACUCUUCCGGGGUGUGUCUCUGGAAAACCUGCUGUUCCUCAUCCUGUCCACACCAGUCCAGAUAUUCUGAGGCAGUCACUUCUACGUCACCGCCUACAAAGCCCUGAAACACAAGUCCACCAACAUGGACGUCCUCAUCAUGCUGUCCACGACCAUCGCGUAUGUCUACUCUGUCAUCGUGCUCAUCAUCGCGGUGAUAGAGAGCCCGGCGCUCAGCCCAAAAACGUUCUUCGACGUCCCGCCGAUGCUUCUCACAUUCAUUUCCCUGGGGAGGUGGUUGGAACACAUUGCAAAGGGGAAGACAUCAGAAGCCCUGGCCAAACUCAUGUCUCUCCAGGCUACUGAGGCCACCCUGGUGGAACUGGGCAAGGAUGGAUCUGUUGUCAGUGAGCAGCAGAUUGAUGUUGAGCUGGUCCAGCGUGGGGACAUGUUGCGGGUCGGGCCGGGCGCAAAGGUCCCCGUAGACGGAGAGGUCUUCGACGGAACGUCCACCGCAGACGAGUCACUCAUCACGGGAGAGUCCAUGCCUGUACCCAAAAAGCCCGGGAGUAAAGUGAUUGGCGGGACCAUUAACCAGCACGGCUCGCUGCUGAUCGAGGCCACACACGUGGGAGCUGACACCACCCUGGCACAGAUCGUCAAACUGGUGGAGGAGGCUCAGACAUCCAAGGCGCCCAUCCAGCGGUUUGCAGACAAGUUGUCGGGGUACUUUGUCCCCACCAUCUGUGCCAUCUCUCUCAUCACACUGUUUGUGUGGAUAGGCAUCGGCAUGGGAGACCCAGAACUGGUCGACCCCAACUUUGCCAAUGAGAGACAUGACAUCAUUAGUGAAGCAGAAAUUGCAGUGCAGUUUGCAUUCAGGUGUGCCAUCACAGUGUUGAGUAUAGCCUGCCCCUGCGCUCUAGGCCUGGCCACCCCGACAGCAGUGAUGGUGGGGACUGGGGUGGGCGCCCAGAAUGGCAUCCUCAUCAAGGGAGGGGAACCUCUGGAGUUUGCUCACAAAGUGAAGACUGUUAUCUUUGACAAGACCGGCACCAUCACCCAUGGUGUUCCUCGGGUCAUGCGAACUGCCCUGUUUGUGGAGCCUGCCGUCUGCACACUCCGCCUCCUACUGGCCAUUGUCGGCACUGCAGAGCAGAGCAGCGAGCACCCCAUUGCAUCUGCCAUUGUCAAGCAUGUCAAAGAGAUGCUGUGUGUGGAGUCCCUGGGGAAGGCGUCUGACUUCCAGGCGGUGCCGGGCUGCGGGCUGCGUUGCACCGUGUCCGCCAUCGAGGCCGUUCUGCAGGCCAGCAGCCAAUCUGUGGACAGCAGUCGCCAUAGUAACCUGGUCAACGCGGACGGUCGACAGACCGCUGCCGAGGACUCACCCGCCAUCAUAGAGCCACCUGUGGCUGUUGAGCCCCUUGGAGCGAUGGCUGCGCAGGAGUUCCGUAUCCUGGUGGGGAACAGGGAGUGGAUGCAGCGUAACGGCAUCAACGUCAGGGACGAGGUGGACGAGACCAUGAGGGAACACGAGGAGAAGGGACAGACUGCUGUCCUCAUCGCUAUUGAUGGUACACUAGUGGGAAUGAUAGCUGUAGCAGACACUGUGAAGUCGGAAGCAGCACUGGCUGUGUACACGCUGAAGAGAAUGGGACUGGACGUGUACCUACUGACAGGGGACAACAAGAGGACGGCCAGGGCCAUUGCUAAACAAGUGGGUAUCACCCAGGUGUUUGCGGAGGUUCUGCCGUCCCACAAGGUGGCUAAGAUCCAGCAGGUUCAGGCGCAGAACCGUGUGGUGGCGAUGGUGGGAGACGGCGUGAACGACUCGCCGGCACUGGCUCAGGCGGACGUCGGGAUCGCCAUCGGCACGGGGACGGACGUCGCGGUGGAGGCCGCAGAUGUGGUGCUGAUCAGGAAUGACCUGCUGGAUGUGGUGGCUGCCAUGGACCUGUCCCGUCACACAGUUAGGCGGAUUCGACUCAACUUUGUCUUCGCUCUCAUCUACAACAUGAUUGGAGUUCCCAUAGCUGCAGGAGUUUUCCUGCCUGUUGGGUUUGUGUUGAUGCCUUGGAUGGCCUCCGCCGCCAUGGCUGCAUCUUCCGUAUCUGUGGUAACAUCCUCCCUCUUCCUCAAGUUCUGGCGCAAGACAGAUCCCAACACGUUGGAACGGCCGGUGAUGUUCAACAGCGACGUUUUCGUGACAGUCGGAUCAGAAGAACCCGUCGUGGAGUCACCGCGGGAAACCAUGCUGGGCUCCAUCAAGAGAAACAUCAGCCAGAUCUCGCUGGAUCGCCGGAGUACCGGAUCUGGCGGAUCUAACAGAACCCAAAAUCUGGAUCGCAAAAGUUUGUUAGAAGGGGAAGAAGAUGAGGGUGAUUAUGACUGCCCCUACAUGACCAGAAUCACCGACUGGGUGUCCUACGCAGGUGUCUUCAACUGGACCAUGACGUACAGAAACGACUCGGACGUCUACAUGCCCUGGGGUCACAUCACUUCAAUUUACGCAGAGAUCGCUAGAAAACCAGAUACUUUGGGCAGGCAUUACCCAAAACAAGAGGGGAAGCUGGUCAUAUGGUAUGUCAGCAACUGCUACAAACACCUGUCCCGGUUUGCUUAUGCCAAUGAACUGAUGAAAUACAUCAAAGUUGACGUGUUUGGGGCUUGUGGAAGGGAAUACUGCCGGUAUUCGACAAAGGACCAAAAUUGUUUUGCGAACCACCUACGCCAGUACAAAUUCUACUUGGCAUUUGAAAACUUCAAAUGCAUAGAAUAUAUCACAGAAAAGUUCUGGAAAAACGGUCUCAGUUAUGAUUCUGUACCGGUUGUUCUAGGUGCACCGAGGAGUGAUUAUGAGCGAUUUGCUCCGUCAAACUCUUUUAUUCACAUAGACGAUUUCAAAAACCCCAGAGCCUUGGCAAGCUACUUGAUGUAUCUAGACAAGAACGAGGACAAGUACAUGGAGUACUUUGCCUGGAGGAACAACCCUCCAAAGAACCUACCCGACUUUAAAAGUCACUGGUGCGAACUGUGUAAGAAGCUCGUACAAGCGAAACCCAACGAGAGAAAGGUUUAUAACGACAUCGACAAGUGGUGGUUGGGCGCUAACUACGAGCUCUGUGAACCUCUAGUCAUGCUAGAUAACUUUAGACACGAAUCACUCGCUAUACAUUAUCCCUAAUUACACAUGUAAUUGUAUUUGUCAUGAAGCUCUGCGCGAUUUGUAAAGAGAAAAAAUACCUUUGAUCCAUAUAAUUUUUCUAAGAUGCGUACAUCAUACUAGUAGUAUGUAGGGUCCACAGAUUUCAAGUAAAAUACUGAUAAACGGAUAAUGUACUUGACAAUGUAGAAAGUUUAUUUAUGAUUGCUACUUAUUAGGCCACGGUUGCUACUAUGAUGUUAACGCUUUCCAUGUAGUUAGAAAAGUGAAGAGAGGUAGAGGUAGAAGUUGCUGCUACAGUGGUGGGGCUCUUCUGUAUAUAGUGAUGGUUAUUUCAUAAAAUAAACUUUUACUUUACAUUUCCAUGA